AGAAGAACUACAAAGAGAAAGAAAUAUUUUCUCCAAUGCCGGGUAGCAUUCAAGUCUCAGUUCUUGGGCUGAUGGAUCUCUCCUCACCUCCUCCGCUUAGUUCCCUCUCUCUAACGGUUACCAUGGGGAAGAGGGAGUACCAAACUGUUGGGGUUGGAGAAUUGUCUCUUCCAGUGGUUUCUCUCCGAGAAAAUCUAACUGUGAUGGUGCAUGAUGAAGAGGGAGAAGAGAUUUUGAGAACAGAAUUCAAAACAAUGUUGUUGCUGGAACGAGGACUUUGGGAUAAUUUGUUUCCUCUCAAGAAUGGAGGUUCUCUCCACAUGAAACUUCAGUUUUUGCUCAGUGAAGAAGAUCGAAAGCGAAUUCGUGAAAUGAGGAAUUCUGCUCUAAAAAGGAGACACUUGGAGAAGCCUGGGAUUAGGCAUAGGAGGUCCUUUUCUGACGACAGGAUUGGAUACUCACCUACUACGAUUGCUGAAAUUGGUACUGAAGAAAUGCUAUUGGAUCAUUCAGAGUCAGCUGACCUGAUAGUUGAACCUUAUUUUGGUCAAAGUGGGAAGUUUCCUGCUAGCAGGAUUGGCAUGGUAGGCUUUCCCAGAAACGCAGUCAUACGAGGAGAAGUUAGUAAUUUAAACUUUCCCCAAACCAUGUCAAAGUCAUUUUCAGUAGGGAUGCUCUCUGAAAUCAGUUUACCAGGAAAAUCAAAGCCUGUAAAAGAACCAUUUCUUCUCAAGGAGACACAAAAUGCUAUUCCUGCAAUGCAUUAUGAAACUCUAGGAAACAAAGAUCUCAUAUGUGAUGACGAGAUCCACAUGUUAGAUAUAGGAACCCAGGAGAUUAGAGUAACAAAGAACACAAUCUCUGAUGCAGAACCUCCGUAUUCUGCAGAAUGUGCUAAUUAUAUGACAUUUGAUAAUGGUCAUAAAACAAUUGGUUCUGGAAAAUCUACCAGCUUUGGUGCAGGAACUUCCUCUGAAAUAAAAGAUUUGGUUUCUGUCAAUGUUGACGAAGUUCCUUCCAUCAUAGGAAUAAUAAGAAAAUUUGAAACUGUUAGAGAGGUGGAAAACAUAAAUUUUAUGCGAAGGGGAGGUGCCGGCUUGGCUUCCAAUGCAGCAUCUGGAACUUUCAAGGCAAGGCCUUUGCGGCAAAGUAGUGUGGAACUGGGGCCUGCUGGUGCUCAACACAGUAGAGCUGCUAAGAGGUACAAUACUACAGAUAUGGCUGGUGAUGGAAAUGCAACUUCCUCUAAAGGAGUCAACAGAAAGAUCAAUAUCGUGGAUGCUUACAAAAACAAUAAUGAAGAACGAAAUUUUCGGGACAAGUCUCUUCCUUUAAACAAAGUAUUUGAUGACUUGGGAAAGAUCGAUCCUUGCCAGCAGGGGUCUUUAGGAGAAGUUGCAAGAACAGUGAGUGAUCAAAAUAUGCAGAGUCCUUCAAAUGAUCAGAUUUCAAGUGCUGAACACGGAGCAGCUGCUAAGAAGUAUAAGAGUAGGAACUGGCCUUAUCAUGUAGAUGCAACUUCCUUUAAAGGAGUCAACAGAAAGACUGAAACUGUUGACAUUAAUGAAAAUGGCGAUGAAGAACAAAAUCUUGGGGACAAAUAUAUUCCUUUAAAGAAAAUGGUUGAUGAGACCAAAAAGAUUAAACAUCCUUACCAUCAGGGGACUUCAGUAGAAGUUGCCAAAACAGUGAAUGAUGAAAAUACCUUACAGAAUCCAUCAAAUGAACUGCCUGCCCUCGGAAGCUCAUAUGAAAAAGCAGAAGCUUCAAAAUCUGGUUACAGCUCGUUAUGUCCUAUUGGAAUCCUUGGCACCUGGACUCCAAGGCAUAUAUGUAUCACUACGGGGAGUAAACUGCUAAGAGAGUUUGCUGAAUCAUGUACCAUCUCUUUUGAAACAAAUCCCAUAGAAAGUUCUUCCAUGAGCAAAGCUGACACUAAGGUUUGCUCUUCUUUUUCUUGACAAAAGAAAAUCCAGCUUCUUAUGGCAAUUUUAUUCUUUCUUUAUCUCUUUCCUUCUCUCCUGUUUUAAUGGUCAUAAAGCAUUGGUUGGUAAUUGAAAUCUUCUAUGACUGCUCCUAUUA